AUGAGUUCGCUGCGCAAGCAAGUGGCAAAGAGCAAUUUACCAUCAGUCAGUGAAGAUGGAAGUAACAUUGAAAUUGGAACAGAUCCAUCAACAAGUAGAGAGCCUCGUCGUGGUGGUACGAUGGAUGUGACACCACUUGAAUGGAAUGAAUUUUUCGACAGGAAGCUUAGUGUGAACAUUAAUGACGACGUUUUUUGCGUUUAUAGAAAAGGAGACACAGGACCUAUGUUUUACAUGCUUCAUGGCGGUGGUUAUUCUGGUCUAACGUGGGCAGCCGUGACAGAGGGACUUUUAUCACAACUUCGUUGUCGAAUAGUAGCACCAGACUUGCGUGGUCAUGGUGACACAGUUACAACAGAUGAACAAGAUUUAUCCACCGAACGUCAAAUCGAGGAUAUUGUGGCUAUACACAAAAAUAUAUGUGCAGGCGAAAUAAUCCCGACAUUUAUAAUAGGACAUAGUAUGGGUGGUGCCCUUGCGGUACAUGUGGCAGCUAGUGGUCGUAUGAAGGGUAUAAUCGGUAUUGCUGUCAUUGAUGUUGUAGAAGGUACAGCUAUGGAAGCAUUGACAACGAUGAAACAUUUUUUGAAAAGUCGACCGCAAAAAUUUGGCAGUGUUGGUGCCGCAGUAGAAUGGUGCUGUAAAUCAGGGACGGCUAAAAAUUCUCGAGCUGCUCGCGUAUCUAUGCCUUCUCAAAUUAAAAAGACUGGCGAUUUGUACACAUGGAGAAUUGAUUUGUCUAAAACGGAGCCGCAUUGGGUUGGAUGGUUCAAAGGUCUUUCUAAGCUAUUUCUCAGCUGUCGUGUACCGAAACUUCUGGUUCUUGCUGGCAUUGAUAGGCUGGACACCGAUCUAAUUGUGGGACAGAUGCAGGGAAAAUUUCAAGAAACGAUAUUGCCGAAAGCAGGUCAUGCUGUACAAGAGGAUUCUCCGGAAGAGCUUGCCGAUACGCUGGCAAAUUUUGCAUUUCGAAAUCGAUUUUGUUGUCCAUGUUUUUCUUGA